CCCUUCUCCGGUGCUACUCCUGUCGCGAGACUUCUUGCUCCUCCGCCUUCUUCGCCGCUCCCUCUGCCGCCGCUUUAGCCCGGAAUCCGGACCCAGCCUCUCCCCUACCCGAACUCCAGCCCCGGCUCCAUUGAGGUCCCGGUCCCCCAAUCCCGCCUCGCCGCCGCCAUGGCGGACCCUAAAUACGCCGACCUUCCCGGCAUUGCCAGGAACGAGCCAGAUGUUUAUGAAACCAGCGACUUACCUGAGGAUGAUCAAGCAGAGUUUGAUGCGGUAAGAGAAGAACUGACGAGCACAAGUGUGGAGCACAUCAUUGUCAAUCCUAAUGCUGCCUAUGACAAGUUCAAAGACAAGAGAGUGGGGACAAAGGGACUUGAUUUCUCAGAUCGUAUUGGAAAAACCAAGAGGACAGGAUAUGAAUCUGGAGAAUAUGAGAUGCUUGGAGAGGGCUUGGGAGUGAAGGAGACACCCCAGCAGAAGUACCAGCGACUACUGCAUGAGGUCCAGGAGCUGACAAGUGAAGUUGAAAAGAUCAAGACAACAGUGAAGGAGUCAGCGACUGAGGAGAAGCUGACCCCUGUGGUGCUGGCUAAACAGCUGGCAGCCCUGAAGCAGCAGUUGGUCGCCUCCCACCUGGAGAAGCUGUUGGGACCAGAUGCAGCAGUCAACCUUACUGACCCUGAUGGAGCUCUGGCUAAGCGCCUGCUGCUGCAGCUGGAAGCAACAAAAAACAGCAAAGGGGCUGGUUCACGAGGAAAGACCACCACCAGUGAGGCCUCCCCAGAGAGCAGCCUUGUCACUUAUGAACUACAUUCUCGGCCUGAACAGGACAAAUUCUCUCAAGCUGCCAAAGUCGCAGAGCUUGAGAAACGCCUGACGGAGCUGGAAGCCACUGUACGCUGUGAUCAGGAUGGUCAGAAUCCCCUUUCUGCAGGUCUGCAAGGCACCUGUCUUAUGGAGACCGUGGAACUGUUGCAGGCAAAGGUGAGCGCCCUGGACCUUGCAGUUUUGGACCAAGUGGAGGCUCGGCUGCAGAGUGUCCUGGGAAAGGUGAAUGAGAUUGCCAAGCAUAAAACAUCUGUGGAGGAUGCAGAUACACAAAGCAAGGUGAACCAGCUGUAUGAAACCAUACAGCGUUGGAGCCCCAUCGCCUCCACCCUUCCUCAUCUGGUGCAGAGACUUGUCACCAUCAAGCAGCUGCAUGAGCAAGCCAUGCAGUUUGGUCAGCUGCUGACACACUUGGAUGCCACCCAGCAGAUGAUUGCUAGUUCCCUCAAGGACAACACCAGCCUCUUGACCCAGGUGCAGACAACCAUGCGUGAAAACCUGUCCACAGUAGAGGGGAAUUUUGCUAACAUUAAUGGACGGAUGAAGCAGCUGGGAAAGUGAGCGCCUUUGGAAGAUGGCGAAUGGGGGUAAUGCCUACCCCUUUGAACUGUUAACAGCUUAAUAGGGUUUCCCCUUAAUUAUAACUCUCUCAUCCCUGUCCCAUUUGACACUGGGGGCAAGGGGUUCUUCUUGCAUGUGGGGUUUAUAGCCUUCCUCUGAUGAAUACAGAGCGGUAGCUGGGGGACAUCAGAUGGUGGUCUCCCCUUAAGCCCCAGGGAUGAGGACGUGGGCUGGCCCAUGCCAGCUCCUAUCCAAUACUGCUUAGCCUGGUAUGGUGAAGGAUUGGGUCCUAUUCUCCAGCACAGCUUCUGUGGCUGGUGGUGAUACUGUAAGUUUCUAACCAUUAAAUGCUAUUGUACUCUG